ACCGUAGUCGAAGGAUUCGUGGUACCAAACAUAUAUGAAUUCUUGGCCCGGGCAGUGCUUCUCUAUCCCGAAAUGAACCGAGCUUUGUCUAGUCCUUCAUACACGCUCUGUUACAUCCACGAGGGAGACGUGGCUGCCCACGUAACUGCUGACGUGGCACCCGGCACUUUCGUCACCUCCUACCCGUGUUUGUUUAUUUCCCACCAAACAAAACCGCCCCCGCCUCGCCUGCCGCUCUCCGGACCUCGCGGCGACCGCGCUUCCACGUCACGUGCGCCGCCGCCCGCCGGAGAGAGACCCGACCCCCCCCCCCCCCCCCGAUGGCGGCGGCCCCGGCGACGCACGCUUACCGCGCUUCGGCUUCGGACUCUAGGUUUAUUAUACAACCAACUUACACGUGUAAUGGAACUCAGAUUGCAGGUCUAACAGGUGCCCUUCGAGCAGCAUCUAGAGGAUCAUGUCCUCAUUUCUGCGAUUUCCAAGCAUCAGUAAAUAAUGGACUUCUUUACAGAAGGAAAAAACCUCUACCUCUGAGAUGCUCUUUUCACUCCUUGCAAGCAAGAAAUAACCAUUCAUCAGCUGUUGCACCUAAGGACUAUUGUGAAACAUACAUCCAAUUUUUAAGAGACAAACGGAUAGUUCCUGAUUCAGAUCCUCCAAAUUCUAAGGAUGUGGACCUACUGUACCAAUUUAUUGAUAAGAGUAAAAGGCUCAUGGUGUUAACUGGAGCAGGAAUGAGCACCGAGUCAGGAAUUCCUGAUUACAGGAGUCCUAACGGUGCGUACAAUACUGGUUUUAAACCACUUACCCAUCAGGAGUUUGCUCACUCUAUUCAAGCCCAGAGGCGGUACUGGGCUAGGAGCUAUGCUGGAUGGAGGAGGUUCACGAGAGCACAACCAAAUGCAGCCCAUUAUGUCCUUGCAUCUCUAGAAAGAACUGGUUGUGUUCACUCAAUGGUUACUCAAAAUGUGGAUAGGUUGCAUCAUCGUGCCGGAAGUAAGCCACUUGAGUUGCAUGGAAGUGUAUAUGAUGUAACUUGUUUAGAAUGUGGUACAUCCAUUGGCCGUGAGUCAUUCCAGGAGCAAGUGAAGGACCUCAACCCAAAGUGGGCUCAAGCUAUUGACAGUUUGGAAGUGGGACAACCAGGUUCAGACAAAAGUUUUGGAAUGCAGCAGCGACCUGAUGGUGAUAUUGAGAUUGAUGAGAAGUUAUGGGAGCAAGAUUUUGAUAUUCCUAGUUGCAAUCAAUGUGGUGGAGUGCUAAAACCUGAUGUUGUGAUGUUUGGUGAUAAUGUUCCUCAAGAAAGGGCUGAAAGUGCUAAGGAUGCUGCAAGAAAUUGUGAUGCACUUCUGGUGGUUGGUUCAGCACUAAUGACAAUGUCUGCUUUUAGGCUGGCAAGGCUUGCACACGAAGCAAAUGCUCCAAUAGCCGCGGUUAGCAUUGGGGAGACGAGGGCUGAUGGCAUUUUAUCGUUGAAAAUCAGUGCAAGAUGUGGGGAGAUAUUGCCCAGAGUACUUCAGAUGGGAAGUCUGGCCGUACCAAAUGUAAGUUGAGCAUGUGCGUUCAAAGUGUCAAGACAUCUUCUGUGGUAACUGCAGCCUCCCAUAAGAAACAAUCUUUGAAAAUUUCAGCUGUGAAAAAGACAAGGCGAAACAGAUAAUUAGCUGGAGAUCAUUCAAUUUGUAUAGUAGUUCAAUGACCAUUCGGUUUGCCUGGGGGCAUUAUUAUCCAGAAAAGGGAUAUUCUCCAAAUUGAUCAUAGGAAAUAAGUAUACUAUCCUGGGAUGAUUCCUGCAACCAAUGAUAACUUCUUGUAACUGUAAAAAGGAGUGUUUUUACGAUCCUUAGGAGGUACCAUGAGGUAAUAUUAAAUUAUAACUUUUGGAGGUACCGGAAUAAAUUUGGUACCUAGGUAUAAAAAUUUAGUACCUCCAUAGUUACAAUUCUUGCUACCCCCAAGGAUGGUAAAAAGGCUCUGUAAAAAGUGUCCAAAUUUGUUACUUGUAACUGUGGAUGGUAUCUAAUGUUCAAUUGGGGCCUACAUGAUGAGGCAUAGCUCGGCCGGUCUUGUGUUGA